CUCUUCACUAUUCUCAAAAACACACACACUAUUCUCAAAAACACACACAAACAGAAACAGCGAUAGCAAAGAGUAGUAGAUAAUCCAAACGCUCAAAUUCAUGCAAUCCAAUUAAAAUCACACAUUUGCGUGAAAUUCCAGCAAAAAUUCUUCUUACCAACUGAUGUGAAUUUUCGAUGACGGGCCGAGAAGGAGGGUACGUUGUGCCAGCGGAACCUCUGAAUGCCGUCGGCGGAUUGAAGAAGAAGGGCGGCGGGUCGCGCAAUUGGAUCCUAUUGGAUUCAUCGGGUCAGGAAAUCGUUCUGGAUGUCGACAAAUACGCGAUCAUGCACCGCGUGCAAAUACACGCUCGUGAUCUUCGCAUUCUCGAUCCCCUCUUGUCGUACCCGUCCACCAUCCUCGGCCGCGAGAGAGCCAUUGUUCUCAAUUUGGAACAUAUCAAGGCUAUAAUCACAUCUGAAGAGGUUUUGCUUCGUGAUCCAUUGGACGAUAAUGUUGUUCCUAUAGUGGAAGACCUCCGAAGGAGAUUGAAACCACUAACUGAUAAUCAAGAAGUUAAUGGUGAUGUGCCUGAUGGCAAGGAGUUGCCUGCACAACAUGAUGAGACUGGUGAAGAAGAUGAUUCUCCAUUUGAGUUUCGGGCCCUUGAGGUUGCACUGGAAGCUAUUUGUAGUUUCCUUUCUGCUCGCACAAUUGAAUUAGAGAGUGCAGUUUACCCAGCUUUGGAUAUGCUUACAUCAAAGAUUAGUAGCCGUAAUCUAGACCGGGUACGAAAGUUAAAGAGUCAAAUGACUCGCUUGACUGCUCGUGUUCAAAAGGUGCGAGACGAACUGGAACAGCUUUUGGAUGACGAUGAUGAUAUGGCCGACCUCUACUUAUCGAGGAAGUUGGCUGGUGCAUCACCUGUGAGUGGCUCGGGUGCAGCCAGUUGGUUCCUUGCAUCCCCUACCAUAGGCUCUAAGAUAUCCAAGGCCAGUAGGGCAAGUAUAGCAACCAUGCGUGGGGAUGAAAAUGAUGUUGAGGAACUUGAAAUGCUUCUUGAGGCCUACUUCAUGCAGAUUGAUGGCACGUUGAACAAAUUGACCACGUUGCGUGAAUACAUCGAUAACACUGAAGAUUAUAUCAAUAUCCAGCUUGAUAAUCAUCGUAACCAGCUCAUCCAGUUGGAGCUGUUUCUGAGCGCUGGAACAGUAUGCUUAUCCAUUUACUCUUUGGUAGCUGGAAUUUUCGGUAUGAACAUUCCAUACACAUGGAAUGAUGAUCAUGGAUACAUGUUUAAAUGGGUGGUCAUCUUGACAGGGAUUUUUUGCGCGGUACUUUUUGUCCUUAUAAUGUAUUACGCGCGCCACAAAGGGCUCGUCGGAUCUUGAUGUGGACUAAAUCAACCGCAGUCGAUGUAUCCAAAUUUGGAGCAGCCAAGGUUUUCUGGAUAUAUUUAGAUGACAUUUUCCUCUAUGUAGUAACGCAAUUUAUUUAAGUUGGAAAUUUGUUGGGCUUACUACUUACCUGUUUUGGAAUUUUAGAUUGUUA